AGAGACAGAUGGAGAAAGUGAAAGAAUCCUGAGGAGAAAACACGGGAAAACCGAGAGAGGAGCGUCCCGUAGAGCCGUGAUAGAGGGUUGGGAAGAGUAAGAGGAAGAGAGAUUGAGAGAGGAGGAGUGGAUGGUAGAGAGCCGGAGACACAGCGCACGGGAGGGAGAAAGAUGGCCUCGGUAACGGCGGAGAAUGGCUUCAGCACCGCGGACAGCUCCGGUAGAAUGAACGGACUCAACAGCGCGAUCCCGAUGAAAGAUCACGACGCCAUCAAGCUCUUCAUCGGUCAGAUCCCGCGCAACCUGGACGAGAAAGACCUCAAGCCUCUGUUCGAGGAGUUUGGAAAGAUCUACGAGCUCACGGUGCUCAAGGACCGGUUCACCGGGAUGCAUAAAGGAUGUGCCUUUCUAACGUACUGUGCCAGAGAGUCAGCGCUGAAGGCCCAGAGCGCUCUCCACGAACAAAAGACUCUUCCCGGGAUGAACCGGCCCAUCCAGGUGAAACCGGCCGACAGUGAAGGACGAGGAGAAGACCGGAAGCUGUUUGUGGGCAUGCUGGGGAAGCAGCAGUGUGAAGAAGAUGUGCGGCGGUUGUUCGAGGCGUUCGGACAGAUAGAGGAGUGCACCGUGCUGCGGGGGCCUGAUGGGGCCAGUAAGGGCUGUGCUUUUGUAAAGUUUUCCAGUCAUGCAGAAGCUCAGGCUGCGAUUAACAGUCUCCACGGUGGACAGACAAUGCCGGGUGCGUCCUCCAGUCUGGUGGUGAAGUUUGCAGACACUGAUAAGGAACGGACUCUGCGCCGGAUGCAUCAGAUGGCCGGUCAGCUCGGCAUCUUCAGUCCCAUGACCAUCCAGUUUGGAGCGUACGGAGCUUACACACACGCUCAGCAGCAGGCGGCGCUCAUGGCAGCGACGCAGGGCUCGUAUCUCAACCCCAUGACUGCGAUCGCCGCCGCUCAGAUGCAGCACAUGGCUUUCAACGUCAACGGCCUGGUGGCUGCCCCCAUGACGCCGUCUUCAGGCACCAGCACUCCUCCAGGCGUCAGUGCCUCCGCUGUGCCCAGCAUCACAGCUCCUCUCGGGGUGAACGGCUUCAGCGCUCUCCCUCCCCAAAGCAACGGACAGCCCUCCUCCGAACCCAUCUACACCAACGGCAUCCAUCCGUACCCAGGUAACACCGCUUACUUCACUUUACCCUGCUUUGGAUUCACACCAUCGUGUGUGUGUGUGUGUGUGUGUGCAGCGCAGAGCCCGACGCUGGCCGAUCCUCUCCAGCAGGCGUAUGCCGGCGUGCAGCACUAUGCAGCCUAUCCUGCCGCUUAUGCGCCAAUCAGCCAAGCGUUUCCCCAGCAACCAGCCAUCAUCCCCCAGCAGCAGCGUGAAGGACCCGAGGGGUGUAACCUGUUUAUUUACCACCUGCCGCAGGAGUUCGGCGACGCGGAGCUCAUGCAGAUGUUUCUGCCCUUCGGCAACGUCAUUUCUGCCAAAGUCUUCGUGGACCGAGCAACCAAUCAGAGCAAGUGUUUCGGAUUCGUCAGCUUUGAUAACCCGUCCAGCGCUCAGGCGGCUAUUCAGGCCAUGAACGGCUUUCAGAUCGGCAUGAAGAGACUCAAAGUCCAGCUGAAGCGGCCGAAAGAUGCCAACCGGCCGUACUGACCCUGAUCUGACCGC